CAGAGACCCACCGUCAGGACACCGACUCACCGAGAGCAUAGAGACCGACAGACGCCUCUCAGCGGCGGGGAUGUGACAGAGAGAGGCUCGGAGGAGACGGAGGGUUGACACAGAGAAUGCCACAGCAAGCCAACACGCUGCCUGCGUUAGCUCACCAUUGUACUCAGCUUGCUGUAAAAUAUAAAGCGAGCAGCAGUGAGUCGUGAUUGCAUUUUUUUUUUGUUGCAAGGGGAUCAUCCUGCGUUAAACAUCCUCCAGCCAGCAUGCCUUCUGCUCAGAGCCUCCAGUCCAGCAGCAUGCCCCUCUCUGAAACCAACAUAGGUACCUUUAAGAGGAGGAAGAGGAAAUCCAUAAUAGUGACGGUGUUGCUGCUCAUUGUGUCUGUGCUCAUCCUCAUCUUCGGCCUGGCAGCGACCACUAGGACGCAGAACAUCACAGUGGGCGGCUACUACCCAGGAGUCAUACUGGGCUUUGGUUCUUUUCUGGGAAUCAUCGGCGCUCAUUUGAUAGACAACAAGAGGCAGAUGUUAGUGGCGUCUAUUGUCUUCAUUAGUUUCGGGGUAGUGGCCGCCUUCUGCUGUGCUAUUGUUGACGGAGUGUUUGCUGCCAGGCACAUUGACCUCAGGCCGCUGUACGCCGGCCGCUGUGAGUUUCACUCCAGUGAGACUUCCUCUGAACGAGACGUGCCCUGUCAGACCUCCUCACGCUCCCCCUGUAACCUGCAUGUGAAGGGCAACACCUGUUUCUGCUGCGACCUCUACAACUGCGGGAAAGAACAUCCUCUUAUGGGACUUCAGAAUAAAGAUGUAUUGAAAAAGUUUAGGAAAUCAUCCAUGAUUUGGAAGGCUAGCCGAGUGGAGCUCAUUGGAGGCUACCAUGAGUACACGGAUGUGAAGAGCUGCCAGGACGUGGUGCACCUCUAUCACUUGCUGUGGUCCGCUACGAUCCUCAACAUCGUGGCGCUCUUUCUGGGCAUCAUCACUGCUGCAGUGCUGGGAGGCUUCAAAGACAUGACUCCGGCUCCUGCCUCAGAGUCUACAUCUGAGCCUGAAGCCGUCACAGCUCCAGCCCCCCCUCAGCCUCGUCCCCCCACCACCUCCCUCACCUCGUACAACAACACUGCCCCCUGCCUGCCGCCGUACACCGCCUACGACCUGCAGGUACAGGGCUCCUACCUGUUCCCCGACUCCUCCACCCUGUCGGAUGACUCCCAGUCGGGGGCCAGCCACCUGUGGCCCACCAUGGUCCCUCCACGAUACUCUCCUCCUCACACCCACCCCGACGAGAAGCCUCCACCCUACAGCCCGUAACACACAUCCAGCAGAAAGAAGGCACCUGGAACUUUAGCGGGUGUUUUUCAGAUGCUGAUUGAGUGGCGUGAAUGCACAUUUCCUCUGGGCUUUUCCUCAAAAUGAGUGUUGGAGGAAAGGUGGUGAGGAAGGCCACAGAGGGAACUCACCUUGAGUUCAGCCCGACACCAGGAGGGUUUGCCGCCCCUGCCUCCACUCACACAUCAAGAGAGACCACCGGUCCACAUAUCUAUCUGCCUUAAUGCAAACGGGCUUCCAGCGCUGCAGCUCUGGGUCUCUGGACUUAUUCUGUACUAGGUCAAAGUUCACCUCUCUUCGGGACAUAUUGUAAAUGCUUCCUGCCUCAAGUGGCACCGAUGAUAACGUGAGGAGAUGACAGCAACAAGAUCAAACCUGAUACAUGAAUGCUUUUGAUGUCCCCCCAGAAUAUGAAUCAGCUAGAGAAUUCAAAACUGUAGUAGGUCCAGGCAGUUUCUUCUUUAGCGAUUAAUUAGGCAAUGAUAGCAGUAAUGAAGGAAUUACAAUGCUCAUAAUGAAUGUACAGCAGUAUGAUACUCAGAUGCUCUCCAGCAGUUUAGCUAUUCAAACAGGUGAUGAGUUUGUUAAAAAAAAACAACCUUGAACCAUGUGCUCGCAGAGUAACUAGAUGAAGAAAUAAGCUAUUCUGCAGUAGGGCGGUCACAGUUACACUCCAAACUAUUUAUUCUAUUUUCACUAUAUGCUGCAAAGCAGGUAAGCGUAUAUUAUCUUGCGCUAUAUAAGUAGUUGUGAUAUCACAUCUGAGUUCAAAUGUGUAGUCUCUGUCAGGAAUAAACACGAGGCAGGCCGAGCGGGAACAGUCGGUGCUGGAUUCGCUGACAUGAGGGAGAUCAUGAAGGGUCAAAGGACUGGUGUUCUCUGAGGAAGAGUGAAGGACAGUAAACUUAGUCCAUGUCAAUGAGAUAGGUCUCCGUCAGCUGUUAUCACUGCUUUUUAUAAUUUUAACUACUCUCAGGGGCUGAUUGUCAGUUCCUUUUCGUCUUACCAGUAAAAAUGUUUUAUGUAAUUCAAAUGGUGCGUUUGACUUUUUAGCUAAAGUGUGUGCACGGUUGCUUCACCACUUUAGUCUUUACCAAACAUAUACACUUUAAUAAGAUAAACCAUAGUGCAGUGAGUGCACCGAGGGUGAAUCCUGUUUACUUCAGUCAUCCCAACUUUCCUCUUGUGUAACCAUGAUGUUUGAUGGUUUGCCAUGACAACUUGAUGCAGCCAUUAAUGUCAUUUUUCUAAUCUUAAAACUUUUGAUAAAUUGAUGAUAGUUCAGCUUUCCACAUAUCAAGUUGAUUUUUUCUUUGCAAACCUUGUUUUAUGACCAAAUGCCUGACGCCUAUUGUAUGCGCUAACAGCCAUUGAUAGCAUGCUAAAUGAUGGAUGUUUGUUAAGGAAACUUAAAACCUGUUAAAAAUCUGAAUGUUAGCAUUUAUGAGUACGACCUCUGAGCCAGUAGCAUGGCUGUUGACUUCUAAUUGUAUUACAUUGUGAAAUUGAAAAGGGUGUAACUAGCAUUAGGUUUGAGAAGUUCAUACUUUUUCAACAGAGACUAGUCAAGUUUUGAGAAAGUCCAUCCAUUUCCUUAAGUCUAACACAUUGAAAAUCUAAAAAUGUUUUCAAUCUUUGAUAUAAACCAGACAAUGGAAUAUUUAGAAACAUUUAAAAACACAGGGAGUUGACAUAAUUAAUAAUAAAGAAGGAAUGUUUAAGAUUCUGCACUAUUCCUCCUUGAGCAUUUGCUCUUAACUCUUCCAACAUCUUCUGGAGCUUCAUAGAUAUGUUUUUGUAUCAUGUGACACGUGAUAUAUUUUACUCUCAGCAUUGUGACAAAGACGAAGUGACAGUUUGUAUGAUUUUCAUUUCGUACAUCACAAUAACAACCGUAUAGCAGAUGUUUGUAUGCUUACGUAGUGCAAGACAAUUAAGUGAAAAUAGUAAAAGAAUAAUUUAUUUAUCAUCAGGAAACCCCUUGUUGCUAAUUGACAGAAAAGGGACAUUUUUGUACAAUGCCAACAGAACUGAUUAUUUAAUAUCCAUUUCAUUUUAUCAACAACUAUGAACCUAAAAGAUACGUCAGACAGUAUUAAAAAAAAGUAUGAAAAAGACAUGAACACAAAUGCACUGUACAUCAAAUGCCAAUGUUAAUGUGUUAAUUAAAAGAGUCCUGCUUGAUUUUAUUGAAU